AUCGAAAGAAAAAAUAAACUGACAACAGCGACGACGACGAACCAGUAUUUGUUACACACGAUAAUCGUCAUUCGUCCGCUGUCGACUUUUAUUUUCUAGUACGUUUAGUAUUAUUUUUAUUCGUCGUCCGACGGCCCUUGAAAUACGUAUCGCCAUCGAGCAACUAGAUUAUUAUUAUUCAUUUCUAUCUUUUUUAAUAUUAUUCGUUUUAUCCGUCUCGAUAAAUACCGUAGGACCGCCGCCGCCGUCCGCAGUGUGACGUCCAACGCGCGCCAGUGUGCUCUGUUACGCCGUCGGCGACCGUCGUUCUCGUCGUCGUCGUCGCCGUCGUCUUCCUCCUUGUCCUCCUCAACACCACUCACAGCAGCGCCCUUUCGACGUUUCGGUCGUCGCUCGACGCUUUUUUUUUAAAGUCAAUCGUCUGUCGAACGCGCAAGCCCGCUCACCCGCGCUGCCGCCACCGUUUGAAAAUGUUCCAGGAAAACGUUUGACUUUCCGCGCUAAAAAGAGAAUCCGUUAUUCCAACAUCGUCCAGGUAUUUAACUAUUGCAAUGGAAUUUUCAAUAACAAAGGAAUCUGAUGAAGUAUCUUUAUUGUCCCAAACUAAUGAACAUAUCGACUCAAAAUCUCACUGUAUAAAAUAUAGUGAUGAUUGUCUUGUUGAUAUCAAGGAUAAGAAUGUUGCAAACAUUGAUCAAGUUAAUAAAGAAGAAAUUUCUACUGUAUCAAAAACUUUAUCCGAUUGCCUUGUAGAUACCCCAAAAUCAUCAGAUUCAGAAUGUAGAGUUCAAAGUAUGUUAUUUUCUAUAAAAUCUGAAACUAACUCUGAUGACAAAACUAGCAUUGAUAACAAUAUAAAGCCUUACAAUGGUGAUGAUAAUAACUUGAGUUUGUGUUCACCCUCUUCAACUUCAAUUUUUAUCCCCUCUAUUGAAACUCAAAUUUUUUCAAGUACAAAUGAAUCAUCUUAUUCAGAUUUAAAUAAUAUUUUUUCAACAAAUAAAAAACGAGGGUUUUCAAUUGAAGAAAUUAGUAAGGACGAAACUUCUCAAAAUAGCCAAAGCAUGUCAACAUACUCAAAUGAUUAUACUUGCUUUUUAAGUGAGCAAACAGAUGCUAUAAGCAAUUUAACGCCUUUCAAAAGAAGUAAUAGCUAUUAUUUUGACUCUCCUGUAAAAAAGUUAUGUACUACUAAACUGCCUGUUGAUGACAAAACAAAUGAAUUGCUUAACAGCAUUAACCUGUACUCAAAUAAAAAAGAUAAUAAAAUAUUCAGUGGAUUUACUAGCAUUCAAAAUGACUUAGAAGUUGAAUGUAUACAAGAUCGAUAUGAUGGAAGCGACUCUGGAUUUGGAUCUGAAUUAGCAGAAGAUAAGAAUAGUACUAGCUUAGAUAUAGCAGUUUCAACAUCAAGUGUUUCAUACAAAACUGAUUUCACAUUGAACCAUGAGUCUAGUUUUGAAGAUUUACAAAGAACUUCAAAUGAAUUUUUGUCAGCAAUGGAAGUGUUGAAGCCAAAAUUUUCAGAUUCUAUUCUAGAUACAGGACCAUUAGACAUUAAAAAUAAUUAUGGAAUUGUUAAAGGCAUUUUAAAACGCAACAAACCCCUCAAUUAUGGUGUUCCGUCAUCUGAUGUUACAACAGUGAAGAAACGCAAAAAUAUAAAUUUCGCAAAUGUAACUGUCUUUUAUUUUCCACGAGUUCAAGGAUUUACUUGCGUUCCUUCUCAGGGUGGUUCUACUCUUGGCAUGACACGAGUUCAUAGUGCAACACGAGUUUUUUCUCUACCUGAGUAUAUAGCAGAGCAGAGAAGAAUACGUCGAAACUUGAUUCAACUAAGUCAAUCCGAGGUUUCUGGUACAAAUAGUGAUGAUAGUGAUAGCGAUGUAGGAGCAGCAGAUGUUUACUCUGAAUCUGAUGCAGAUAUGGAUUCCGAUAGUAACGGAAGUUUUUUACAACCUGUACCUACACGACAAAGACGUGCUUUAUUGAAAGCAGCCGGUGUUGACAAAAUUGAUUCUUCAGAAAAGGAUGACUGUAAGAGCAUAAGACUAUCAAGAGAAUUCUGUGGAUGUUUGUGUCGUGGUUUUUGUGACCCAGAUACAUGUGCUUGUUUUCAAGCUGGCAUAACAUGCCAAGUCGAUAGAAUGAAUUUCCCAUGUGGAUGCACAGUAGAUGGUUGUGGAAAUUCUGUUGGUCGCAUAGAAUUCAAUCCAACAAGAGUUCGAAAACAUUUCAUUCACACCAUAAUGAGACUUGAAAUCAAAAAAAGAGAAGCACAAGAAGAGGAGCACUGUAAUAAGCUGGCUAUGACAUCACCACUUAUAUCUAAUUUUUCCUAUCAUGAUUCCAGACACAUACAACCAUACUAUCAGCCACAACACUAUGAACACAAUUUAAAUGAUUAUAAUUAUCAUUCAUUUUUGCCUGUUUAUGAUAAUAAUCAAAUUGCCCCAGAAAGUAGUACACUGAACAAUUAUCAGCUAAAUAAUUCGCACGCUUUAUAUGAACCUUAUCAGCCAUUUCCAUCUGCGUUUGUGCCUUUGUCGCAAGAUAGACCUAAAGGAUUGUCUAUUAUAGAAAAUAAGCCCGAAACAUUUACAGAUUUAUUGCAGCCUUACAGUUUACAAAGUAUUGAAAAUACUGAUUCACUUGGUAUUCCAAAUAUUCCAAGUACAUUGGUUUCGGAUAGUUUCAAUUUAGAAACAGAAAAUUUAGGAGAAAUCAUCAAAAAUACAAUGGUUGAAAGUGUCAAUUCUUAAAAUUCCAUUCACUGACAACUUGUUAAAUAACAAAUGUUUUUCUUUAGUUGAAUUUUUUUAUUCGUUGUAUAAAUUAAUAAUUUUUAACUUGGUUAUCCUAAUAAUAAUAGUAUACGUAUUUUCUGUCUCAUAUAGGAGUAAUCACAGGCAACAAAUUAUUUUUUUUUAUGGUCUGUCAGACCAUACCCCUCUAUUUAACUGAUUUUCAUUGUCAGCAUUAGUUUUUUUGACCAUUAACUGCUGCCAAAAAUUGCUUUACCUUAUAUCAGAGUUGACCAAGUUGGUGUCUAUGGGCCAAAUGCAGCUCUCCCAGCCUUUUUAAAAAAUAGUUUUAGUGUCAUGAGUGGGAUAAAUUUAAAAAAAAAAACAACUAAGGCGGUGGCAGUACUAUAAUGUGAUAACUGUGUAUUAUAUUAUUAUAAUAUGUUUGUUAUAAAAUAAAAUACAAAUAAUUUUUUUUUUUGGUGGCCUCUAGUGUUUAUAAAUGUGGAAAUUGGCCCAAUUACAAAAUGUUGGACCACCCUGCCUUAGAUGGUUGGAAUAAUUAAGUGACAACUGUGAGCGCAUUACUAUGUGCAUUAGUAACUUCCAUUGCCGCUGUUCGCAGAAGCCUGCCAUCUAAGGUUACUCAUAUAUUCAAAUAAAAAGAGUAUAGUUUACACAGAUUCUAUCAUAUAUAUUUUAUCAACUAAC